UCCAGGGCAGCCAGAGCGGCUGUGGCACACGGAACAUGCGGGGCUGAACACGGAGCAGCGAGGGAUGGAGCUGGAAGGUGUGACUGAUUUCAAAGCCCUCCGAGCAAAAUUUCAGAAUGACUCCAACUUGGCCACCAAGCUGGGGCAGAAACCUCCCACGGAGAGGGCCCCCAAGCCUGGCUCUGCAGGGAACACCACCUCCAGCCACCUGCCCCUGACUAAGAGAGAGGUGAAAGUGUCCAAGGCUGCCCAUCCCACCUCCCAGCCCCCUGUGCUCGCCCAGCACGACCCCUUGGCCCGGCCUCGGGGUUACAGGGAGCGGAAGGGGCACAGCAAAGAGCACGAGGGCAGCACCUUGGGGAAAGGGCUGAGUCCUCCCAAGAGCAGCUCAGAAAAGCCUCUGCUGUCCUGUGGCACUGAGCAGCAAGGAUCAAGCCAAACAACUCCAGAGGACCCUCAGCUCCCGGAUUCUUUCCAGCACGUCCUACAGAUCUGGGAAGAGACUUUAUCCCGCAAGGAGAAAACCAGCCCAAGAGUCCCAACCCAGCGGGCAGCAAACUCAGCUCCUGCAUCAGGCAGUGAUGGGAUGCCAGGCUCUGGGAGCUCCCCUGUGCUGGCCUGGCGUGCCCAGAGGAAGGAUGCUGUGCAUUGCAGUGGGAUAGCUCUUCCUCGGGCUGCCAGAGGACACAGCAGCUCUGAUGGAGCAGGUGCUGAGGGUGUGGUGGCAUCUGCGUGCUGCCAGCCGGGUUAUCGCGCACCAAGAGAGCCACCUCAGCUCCAGAAAGAAUCAGAACCUCCCUUCUGCCAGCCUGGAGCAGGAAAAUGGUCUUACAGCCCUGGGAGCAAGUGGCCAAGGAUUAAACCUCUCCCCUCAGCUGAAUCCCUGGGUCCUGCCCCUGGGAAGCCUCCAAGACCCCCAAAGGUUGAUCUCAGUGCUUUCCAAAGCACAGUGCCUUUGGUCCACAGAGGAAAUGAAACAACUGCUGGAGAGGAGGAUUACGUGACCCCUGAAAGUGCUCAGCUUGAAGAGCAGAAUAAUUAUGAAGAAACCCCGAUGUACCUGAAUCAGUCUGGGGACACCACAACCUUGUGUGUCAUUGAAGUACCCAAGGCAGAGCCUCAAAAACAUGGGAAACAGAAGAUUUUUCUGUUUGCCAAAUCCAGCCCAGAAAGAGCUCUAAUAGAGGACAAAAAAGAGGGAAAACCAAGUCAUGAAAGAAUGAAACUGGAAGAGAACAACAUUUUCAAGACAGGUGGAGGUGAGUACAUGACUCCCAGAUGCCAUGCCAAGGCAGAUGGCAGAGGUGGGCUGAAGGUUCUCCAGGGGAAGCAGGAUGUGACCAGUCCCCAAAUUGCAACGUAUCCAAUCCCACCAGGGCUGGCAAAAGGCAGAGCAGAGCACUGGCACAGCGUGGCUCUUGGUGCUCCAAAGCCAGAAGGACCAGCCUUGGACCAAAACCCUUGGCAGCCUCUGCAGGCACCAGAGGACAUCUAUGAUGACAUUGAGGAGCUGCAGGACAGACUCAGCCACGGCUCAGAUGCCUCAAGUUCCUUCACUUCAGACAGCAUUUCAGGAAACAGCUACGAGGAAACAUAUGAAGAUGUUGAGAUUGGGGGUGAUAACCCAGCAAAACCAGAAACAGAAAAACAAAAGAGAUUUGGAAACCUGUUUAAGAUAGAAAAGUUGAAGCUGAACCAUUUCAGGCUCAAGGACAGCCUAAGACUGGUUUCCAUUUCAGUACCAAAUUUAGCAGCUGCCUCCCAGGAGGAAAACGUGUACGAUGAUGUCGAGGUGGGGCAGGCAGAGACCAGAGGGAAGGAUGAGAAGUACAAAGUCCGCAUGCCAAAGCUUCGGGUGAUGAGAGAGUACAAGGACAAAAGGAAAAGCGUCGACAGCGUGGAAAGGUCCUGAUUUCCAUCCUGUGUUCCCGUUUUGUCUGACUUUUGUACAUGUCUCUUGAGUGGCUUCAGGAUGUCCCUGAUUGCACAGACAUUUUGUGUUGGUUGGUAGUCCAGGGUCCUUUCCCUUUGAAGCCAGAGUUCAGGAAUCUCUGCAGAAAAUAUCCCAAGGGUGAAACAAGCUCUUGGGUCUGAACUGAGGAGCAAGGGGGGGAUACCCAGAGGUCUCAUCCUGAAGUCUUGUCCUGACUUUCCACUGAGCUGAGACAAAAAGUUGUUAUUUGCUGUAUAUUUGUCUCCUUUUUACUAUCUUAGUAGGUUUAGAUUAGAUUUUAGGAAGGAAUUAUUCCCUGUGAGGGUG